CCAGCUUACAUUCAUGAGGAGACUGGCGCAUAGGUGUUUGCGGACAGUCUGACAUCCUGACAUGAACAUCAUCACGGCAGACUUUACACUGACAGCUUUAUGAAGUGAGAAGAAUGAUGAAGAUGACCGUGCCAAAGACAGUUCAUCUCAUUACAGAGCUGGUCAUCAUUUACCAGCUGAGCUUCAUGAAGCUUAAAUCCGUUUAUGGGGUCAAUCAUAACAACAUGCAGGGGGUGUCACAUGUGAUUGCAGAAGACGCUGAGCCCAGAGGAAGGAGUUGGACAUCCAGGCUGAGGUCUCGGGCCCCAGGCUGGGCUACAGAUAAUAGGGGCCAUUACAGAGACCAGCACCAACCACAGGAGUCGGACCCAGAUCUGCUGAUGGAGGAAGGACAUGACAGUUCUACGCAGAUUGUGGACGCUGAUCACACUUACUACACAUCUAAAAUCUAUGGUCCUGGAGACGCAGCCCAUAAAGAGCUGUGGGUGAACAUUGAUGGCACAGAGGAAAAUGAGUGGAAGGUCCAUGCCUUCCUGUCCAGCACACACAGACAGGCUGAGAGAGUGAAUCUUUCCUUCAACUUUCCUUUUUAUGGUCAUAUUCUAAGAGAAAUCACAGUUGCAACAGGAGGUUUCAUUUAUACUGGAGACAUAAUGCACUGGAUGCUUACAGCCACUCAGUACAUCGCCCCUCUGAUGGCUAACUUUGUCUCGAACCGUUCCAAAAACUCAACAGUUUUUUACUUUGACAAUGGAACCGCACUGGUCGUCCAGUGGAACCGCCUUCACCUCCAGGACAGCAUCAAUCUGGGAAUGUUCACCUUCCAGGCUGUUUUGCACAGUGAUGGACGGAUUGUCUUUGCAUACAAAGAGAUUCCUGUCAACAUCGGCAGCAUCAGCACUGAGACUCAUCCUGUCAAAGUCGGCUUGUCAGAUGCCUUCGUGGUGCUUCAUGAGAUAGAGCAGAUUCCUAAUGUUCGGAGGACAACUAUUUAUGAGUAUCACAAAAUCAACAUCCUCAAGUCCAAAAUCUCCAACUCUACAGCUGUGGAGAUGCUGCCUCUCCCUACUUGCCUUCAGUUCUCCAGCUGUGGUCCAUGUGUCACCUCUCAGAUUGGCUUUAACUGCAGCUGGUGCAGUCGGCUACAGAGGUGCUCUAGUGGUUUUGAUCGUAACCGGCAGGACUGGGUUGACCGUGGCUGCCCAGAGGAGAGACCAGAUCCUCUGUGUGACCGGAAGACAGACAUCACAGACACCACAUCUCGACACCUCACCCGCAUGUCUGCUCCAGUUACAGCAACCACAGUGCAGGAGAGGCCCAGCAUGACCUUCAGCCCCCUCAGCAACGCCUCCACUGUCUCCAACUCCUCAACACACAGCAGCGCAAGCAGAAAAGCAGUAUCCACUCCAGAGCCUCUGACCCACAAACCUGCAGAAGAUGAUGCACAGAUCUCAUUCCACGUCGGCAAAGCAUCAGAAGACUGGAGCACAGGAGCAAGUGAUGAGCAGUUGCAGGUCGGUCUCCUUGUGGGCAUUGUCAUGAUGAUGGUCAUCAUGGCAGCAGCUGUCCUUCUCUCCAUUUACAUGUACGGCCACCCCACCUCCAGGGCCAGCCUCUACUUCAUGGAGCGGCGCCCAACCCACUGGCCAAUCGUGAAGUUCAGACGAGGGUCCGGUCGUCCUUCAUACGCGGAGGUGGAGGCUCCCAAUCAGGACAAAGACAGCCUGGUGGUCAUCGAUCCAAAACAGGCUUUUGUCAUGUCAGACAGAAGAGAGAGUGAGCAAAAAGAAGGCUUCAUUGUUCCUGACCAGAAGGAGUGCUUCCUAAUCUCAGAGAGCUCCUAACUGACACUACAUAUCCCAGAGGCCUUUGGAGACCGUUGGUUCUGUGUGAGUUAGCAUUUCUAGCUUGAAUGCUGAGACUUUUCCUUGUUUAACAGUUGCUUGCACCAAUCAGGUAUAACAUUAUGACCACCUGUACAUCUGUAAGCACUUCAAUGCA